AAUGAUUUUCCUCCUCAAGCUUCAUUUGUCUCCGAUCUCGCGCCCAAUCUUCCUUCCCUGGUGCUAGGCUCCCAAAAUCAUUCCUUCUUCCUAAUCUGUGGUGGUCCGUCGUGGUGCCUUUUCCUUCGUGAUUCUCGUGCGGUGUUCGAUUUGGUCGGUUCCACUCGGCUUCUACUGUUAGGGUAAUCGAAGGUGACUCUUUGAAUCCGAAAGCUUUGGGAUUGCAUGGUAAUGGAAGGUAUUGUUUUUGUUCACGGCUAUAAAUAUUUUUGUUACUUUGUUCAUCAUGUGUGUGUUUUUACGGUUGAUGUUCCAACCAGUGUGAACACAGAGUUUGAAACUUCAUACAUGUUUAAAGCACAGAAGAGGAGAGUUUUCUGUUUAAUUUCUCAAAACAAUUGGGAGGAACCCUGGUCGUUUGCUUAAUGAGAGUGUAAAAAAGUAAUCACGCGGGGAAAUAGUGAAGACAAUAAGGGAAUGGUAAAUUUGUAACAGUUGCCCACUAAAGGGAAUGAGUUGAACGCAAUUCACGGUUUGACAUUCACAUAACUUGUAUCUAGAACCCAAUGGAGCUUCCAAAGCAAUUGUUUUACUUGUCAGUUUCUGUAUAAACUUACCUUGAAUUAUUUGCCAAAUGCAUGCUCCUAUACAAUGAAGUAUUUAAAAAAAAAAAAAAAAAAAAAAAACAGAGAUUGGAUUCUUGAUGGUUCAGCUUCGGAUAUCUAUUCUAGUUCGAGUUCACAUCCUUUCUCAAGGUUAAGUAUCCUUAGAGGAACUAGUUUAUGCUUGAGAAUUAUUAAGGGAAGUGUUUGGCCAUACUUUAAUCUAGUCUGUUCCACGUAGUUUCUGAUAAGAUUUCAUAUUAGAUUAGUAUGACUUUCGGUGCUUAAUUUAUCAUUCAAAUCCUUGCGACAAAGAAAUAGUUCUUUGGACUACCAAAGUAGGAACCUCGUGAAGUCUUUGUAUUGAAAAGAAGCCACGGUAUAUUUGCUGUGUCUUUGAGAUGUUGGUGAUACUGGGCUUUACAUUUCAGAACGAGAGCUAUAUGACGCUGCAUGAGAUUAAUCAAAGGCAAUAAAUACUGUAAUAUAAUUUAGAUUUUUUUAUCGUUUCAGAAUAUAAUCUGACAUAAAUAUUGGCUUUCUUUUAUUAUUGUUUCCAGUGAGUUCAUGAAUGCGCUGUAUAAGAUAUUUUGAUUAUCUUAUGAGGCUUGGUGUUAAAUUUUGGAAAAAAGCAUUUGCAUGUAUAGAGAAUUAUUAACUUUUCUCAUUGGUAUCUAUUCUAGAUUAGGUUUACAAAUCGGAAGGACAACCUAUAUAAUGUGAUCUAUCAGAAAGUGGAUUCUUUGUGUUUGAUCACCCUUUUCUUUGUUUGCUGAAGUGGAGUCUAAAUGAAUUUAAAAGGCACAGCUUUUCUGAUUUCUGCGUGCGUCAGGCUUCGGUUAGUCUGGAUAUUGUUCCAGUGACUGCCUUAAUCCAAAUUUCUGUGUGCAUUCUGUUCGGAGUUUAACCAGCAGGCCAAGCUGAGAAUUGGGGAUUUGGGAUUGCGUUCCAACCAUGAAUAAUUCAAGUUUGGGAGGUCGGUUUUUAUCCAAUCCCAGUGGAGGGAUGCUGGACCUGGAAUCACCAUUUCAUAGACACCAACACGCCCAGUUGGGUCAUCCAUCAAUGACUAGCCAAAAUCAAAUGACUAUGUUGAGUGGUUUAGAAAAGAGUCACCCAGUUGGACUAUUAGAAGUGAAAGGCUCAAAUCCAACAGCGAAUUUCAGUAAAGGAAAGGCACCAGCUCUCACUAUUCCCACUAAUAGUGAUAAUAUGAGUGAAGAGGAUGAACCAAGUGAUGCUGAAGACGCAAACUGUGAGAACUAUGAUGGUGGGAAGAACAAAAAGAGAUCUCCUUGGCAGCGAAUGAAGUGGACAGACAAUGUGGUUAGGCUACUUAUAGGAGUGGUGGCUUGCGUGGGCGAUGAUGGUACAAUUCAAGGCAUGGAUGGUCAUCGAAGAAGAUCCGGGUGCCUACAAAAGAAGGGUAAAUGGAAAACGGUCUCCAAGAUAAUGAUGAAAAAGGGUUGCCAUGUUUCACCACAGCAGUGUGAGGACAAAUUUAAUGAUUUGAACAAGAGGUACAAGAAGCUAAAUGAUAUCCUUGGUAGAGGAACUAGCUGUAGGGUGGUGGAGAAUCCUGCAAUGAUGGAUUCAAUGCCCAACCUGUCAGCAAAGACAAAGGAUGUUGUUCGAAAGAUUUUGAGCUCAAAACACUUAUUUUACAAGGAAAUGUGUGCUUAUCAUAAUGGGCAAAGAAUACCCAACUGCCAUAAUCUUGAUCUGCAUUCCUAUUCUCUUCAACAAGGGAGGGAUUCCAGAGACAAUGAUGAUUCAGAGGAGGAAGGUGAGGACUUAAAUGAAAGUGAGGAUGAUGAAUUAGAUAAUGAAGGUAAUCAUAAUGCUCGUGGCGAUGCUGAGAUAAUGGAGGGGUACAGUGGAAAGAACAAUAACGACAGUGAUGACCGUGGCUGCCCACAAUCUGCUAGGGUGGAAAAUUUUGAAGCUGAAAUGGCAGGUAUUUUUCAGGAUCCCCUCAAGUCAGGAUGGGAACGAAGUCAAUGGGUUAAGAUACAGAUGUUGCAGCUGCAAGAGCAGAGAGUCACCUACCAAGCGCAAGGUCUUGAACUUGAGAAGCAGCAUUUUAAGUGGCUAAGAUACUGCAGUAAGAAAAAUAGGGAGCUAGAGAGGUUGAGGCUGGAGAAUGAGAGAAUGAAGCUGGAAAAUGAGCGUCAAAUCUUGCAACUGAAGCAGAAGGGGCUUGACUCAGAUUUUAGACGGUCUGAGAUGUCCAUCGCCCCUUUCUCUAUUGGAACUAGCAGAAUGCAAGGUGGGGAACAGAUGGACUUGGGUAGACAACUGUAGCACAUGUUUGGAAAAGAUUCAUAUCCUUGCUUGCUUAUUAUGUAAUGCAUGAAAUGAAAUCCCGCUGUUGAAUCUGUUUUAUUUUUUGUUGCAACUAUUUAAACUUACAGGCUAGGUUAAAUAUAUACUUGCAUUUUGACAUUGGAAAUGACUGAUGUUACCAUUUGAUCUAAAGCAUAUAAUUAUGGAUCUGUUUGGAAUAA